AGCAGCAGAUUAGUUUUAUCUUUUCAGCAGUGAAGGAGUAUAAAGAUUUUUUUUGUUGUUUUCGUUUUUGUCAGCAUUUUUCCAUCCUUCAAACAGCAGUAAAAGAAUGCUUUUUUGCCAUAAGCAGCAAUCAUACCAAUGCCUCCUCGCUGCACACUAAUAAUCUUUAUUCUUCUUCUGGAAUUUCUAAAGACAGGCAAAAGUACUGCUAAAAUACAGAUGCAUACCACAGCAACAAAACCUGGGGCAAGGGUACAGCUCACCUGCAUAUUUUUUGGGCAAGGAAAAGUGGUUCAGGUGAACUGGAGAAAGACUGCAGGCCUCAACCAAACAAGGAUUGCAGUUUUUCAUCCAGAAUUUGGUCCUUAUAUUCAUCCAGAUUACAGGAAGGCUGUGAAACUGGAAAACCAGACCAAGACAAAUGUAUCUCUAAUUAUUGAAAAUUUUGAGGAAGAAGAGAAUGUAACAUACUGCUGCAAAUAUAUAACCUUCCCAUCAGGAAACUUAGAAGAAUGUGCUCGUCUCAUGGUUGAAAAUAACACAGGGAUUUCAGCAAAACUUCUUGCUUCCUACUCAGACCUCCUAGGAAUCCUGGCUUUAGCCAUUCUUUCUCCUAUAGCUGUUGUCAUCUUCUUUCUCAUCCGCAAACAAAGGAGGCCUCCAGUUUAUGAAAAUGAUCACUACAUCAGACAUAUCCAGGAAGCCAGCAGUAUACCCAUAAGAACUUCCCAACAUGAACAGACUCCAUUCUCCCCAGUCUAUGUAAUGAUCAAUGCCGAUUACCUUCCAUUCAGGGAAGGAGAAGCAGCUAUUCAAAGGCAGGCACAGAACAGCCCACCACCAAGUCACCCGACAAGUCAUUCCAGUGUGCCAGAUGGAGCCUAUGCUUAUGUGAAGAAAACAGCAUUGUGGAUAAAAGAUACUUCACAGACGUAACUUGUUGAAAUAGAAGUGACAUUAUAGCUCUCUAGCUCAUGACAAAAACAUGGUUUAGACUGUUAAUGGGUCAUCUGAUUGAUGUUACCCAUACAUGGAUUACCUGUACUGUAUUCUGAAGGUGUAUGGGCCUUUAAACACUCCAUUUUUCAUUGUACAGUGGUUCACCAGUGAUUGUGGUUUAACCAUGUCAUCGGUUUUAAGGAUAUAUUUUGUUGCCUUCCAGCCUUCUUUCUCUGGGUUUGUGUAAUUGUAUAAACUAGAGCCAUCUGCACACUUAUGCACUUGGGAAGAAAUUAUUGCAAGUAAAUUUAUGAGGGGUUUGACUUUUGUCAAAUCCUCCCAAGCAAGCCUUGUAUUAUAUUUGUUUACUUGUACAGUAACAGUGCCUGUUAUGUUGUAUGUUUACCUUUAAUAUUAACAAAAUAAAUAAUCUGGAAGGGCUUGAACAUGA